AUGGGAAGCAGCUUCCACCCCUUCGACGUUGAUGCGGCGCACUUAGCGUACACCAUCCUCGGCGGGUUCACUGUCCUCUUCGGCCUCUUCUCCCUCUUCAUCAAGGAAAGGCUCUACCUCGGCGAGGCGCCCCUUGCCACUGUUGUCGGCAUCAUCUGUGGACGCUAUGCUGCCAAAAUCUUUGAUCCAAUAAGCUGGGGUGGAAAGGAAAGCGUCAUCGACGAGAUCACCCUCGAGGUCACGCGUGUAGUCAUUGCGCUUGGUGUGUUCUCCGUCGGCGUCGAACUGCCAAAGGCCUAUGUCAAGAAGCACUGGCGCACCCUCUUCUUCCUCCUCGGACCCUGCAUGAUCUGGGGCUGGCUCGUGUCGGCCCUCUUCAUCUGGGGUCUCGUCCCCAAGCUGACGUACAAGUCGGCUCUUGUCAUUAGCGCAUGCCUUUCGCCCACAGACCCCAUUCUCGCGCAGGCCGUCGUCGGCGGUACGUUUGCUGAGAAGCACGUCCCUACACAUAUCCGUCACAUGCUCUCUGCCGAGUCUGGUGUAAACGAUGGAGCAGCCUUCCCAUUCCUCUACAUUGCACUUUACCUCACGCUCGACUCGAGCCCCGGGCAUGCCGUUGCCGAAUGGUUCUACAUGACAUGGCUUUACGAGGUCUGUUUAGGAACGGUAAUCGGCGGGGUCCUCGGUUACUCGGCGCGCAAGGUCAUGCAGUUCUCGGAGCGAAAGAAACUCAUCGACCGUCAGUCGUACGUCGCACAGUACGUAUCGCUUUCGUUACUCUCCAUCGGCAUCUGCACUUUACUGGGUUCGGAUGAUCUCCUUGCGGCGUUUGCGUGCGGAACCGCUUUUGCGUGGGAUGGACACUUCAACAAGGCCACAGAGGACUCGGUCUUCUCCAACGUUGUCGACCUGCUCUUCAACUGUGCUGCGUUCAUCUACAUUGGUGCCAUUAUUCCAUUCGCCGACUUUAACCACUUUGGCCUCACGCCCUGGCGCCUGGUCGUCAUCACACUUCUCAUCCUCCUCUUCCGUCGCCUGCCCAUCAUCCUUGCCCUCUACAAGUGGAUCCCCGACAUCAAGACGUUCCGCGAGGCACUGUUCAGCGGAUGGUUCGGGCCCAUGGGCGUCGGCGCCAUCUUCAUCUCGACCCUCGCGCGCCACCACAUUCCUCAUCCCGAGCCGGACGGCGACACGUCGCAAGUCGACCUCCUUCAGGAGACGAUUGUGCCGGUUGUCUCCUUCCUUGUCCUGGCAUCGGUUGUAACCCACGGCCUGUCCAUCCCAUUCUUCGUCUCGGGCCGCCGCGUGCAAAGCAUGACAUACACGUGGUCACGCAACCCGUCGAUAGCACCUGGCGAUGAGCCGGCAUGGACAACGCACACGACGCGCGUGCAGGAGGCCGGCGACGUCGUUGUCAACCGCGACACCGAUGAGGGCGACAUCGGCAUGCAGGGACGACCGGGGAUAGUCCGUGAGAAGCGAAGCCGGGGCAGCUCGGGUGACAGCUCGGGAACGCAUACGAACACGAGCGAGCACGACGACGAGGCUCCUUCGGAUCCUCCGACUAACGUCCCACGCCAUGCGGUGUACCGUGAGGGUCAACACUUGGUGACGGAGCGUACUGAUAAUGGGGGGCGCGAGGUACACGUCAACGUCGAGCGUAACGUGUUCAGAACCUCGGAGGAGAAGAAGGCGUUCGACGAGGAUGGUGUGAUUCCCAAUCACUCCCUUGAGAGGGUCGCGAGCAUUGGGGCGCCCAUGAGGCCCCUGGAGCGCUCACCGUCUGCGGACAGCCACUCGACGAACGCCAUGUCAGACGUCGCGUCCAGUAAGGGCGACGGCUUCCGCCGCCGACCAUACCACUGGAACAGCCCGUCGCCAACGCCUCCGGCCGCCGAGCCCACGCAGUCGACACACUCGGACCGCGACCCAGCAGAUGCGCCGACCAACCCGAUCCACUCGUACAUAUCCGCCGAUCGGGUGCAAAAGAAGCAGCCCGAGAGCGGCUGGCGCCGCGUCUUGCGGACCUGGACAGGUGACUCGAGCAACUCGAAUCACUCGUACGCAGAGGAGGGGCGGGCUGGCGAGACGGGCUUCCUUCCCGCCCGCACGCGGACGGGUGAUCCGCGCCGCCCAAGUCUCACGGAUCGGCUAGCGCCGUGGAACCGUUCGCAGACUGGGGAGCCGCCGGGCGAUGUCUCAUUGACUCGCACUAUUUCGUUCGCGCCACAAGCCGCGCCGUCAAGUGAUGUGGCGCCUAGCGUGGCCAACUACGGCUCGGCCGCACCAGGUUUUAAGAAGACGCCAAGUUUGGGCAUGUUCCGCACCUCGAGUAUACGUCCCGAGGACGAGGGGGCGGAGGCGGGCCCAGCAGCGCCAUGA